CCCCGGCCGGCCACUCCGCUUGCCCUCCCCCAUGACAGAGGUCAUCCACAUAGAGCCUGCGGGCCUCGGCAGCCGCCUGGAGGCCAUUCCCCCCGUCGGCUAUCUCAGCCGCAAGGCCCUCCCCAUCAAGCGCAACGACGCCGAGCCCCUCACGCGCGAGGACAUCCAGUACGACCUCCUCUACCACAUAUUCAAGGACUCCCAGGCCGUCUUCACGAAUCAGACUCCCGGUAAAUACGAGAAGGUCAGCUUCCGGCAGCUCUACGUGAACGCGCUCUACCAUUCGAGCAAGUGCAGCAAGGUGCUCAAAGACAAGAUGCUCGACACGCCGGAAUUUGCUGUUGAGUUCGCCAAGAUUGCACUCCUGACGAAUGUCGGCCGCAUCAAUACGACUAUGGCUUUUUUUCCCGAGAUGAAGACGGCGCUGCGCACGUACCAUCCGGUCCCCUCGCUGCAAAAGACAGACGGGAACGCGCAGGACGCGCCACGCAUCAAGAACUGCUUGAAGUCGGCGCUGCUACCGAGCGAAGUAAAAAAGCCACCACCCAGUAAUCCGCAAGAAAUAAUUGCGCGUUUCAACUCUGGCAUGCGCCCUCCAACGAGUGUCGUGAACCUCAUCUUCGUGCUUUCCACGCAUGCAGCCCUGUCCCAGACCCUGUCGCGGACGCACUUCGAUGGAAAUAUCAACUUCCUCGACCUCUUCAUCCCCACCAACCUCUCCUCGCCCGACCGCGCCCGCGCCUUCCUCUUCAUCAUGUUCUACUACCUUGAGAGCCCGACAGGCGAAAUCGAAAAUCCCUUCGGCGACGAUCUCUGCAAGCAGGACCCCGCGAAAGCGCCCCGGAUGCGUGUUCUCUCGCCGGCAGAGACGCGCCUGGAGAACGUCGACCUGCCCGAGGAGAACAAAUGGGGUGAAAUGAUGUCCCAGCAGCGCGGUAAAUUCCUUCAGAAGCUCUGUAACGCAGAUCAGGAGAGCAAGAAGAAUAAGAAUAAUCCGUACUUCAUUUCAGGCGCUCCGGAGCCAGGACCUUCCGCGCGGAGGGAAGCCCACGGAAAUUUGGUCAAAGUCGGGAAAGACGGUCCCUUCAUGUACUAUGUGCCGCGAAGGACAGAGCCAGAUCGACCAGAACCCAUUCCCGUUCCCGAAGUUGACGAUGAUCAGGGCAUCAUGGAGCAGCCGAUAUAUGGUACGCCACACAUCGCCCGCACCGCUCGAAUAUAUUCUAAAAUACCACAGAUGUCCCCGCUCCGCCGCCACCAGUACCCCCGCCCGUGCCACCUCCUGAGCCCGUUCCACGGAAGAAGGACAGGUUCUACAGGAAAUUGGAGAAAAUCCUGAACCAUGAUCCUCUUGAUCCCAACGAAGACUCAGAACCAGAGGAAGAGUAUGAGCGCCGGCUAUCCAUCAUCAACCGCCUUCGCGGGCGUCCUCCCACGCCGGAAGGAGGCUAUAGUCGACGGCCUAUGCACCCCGUUAACGGAGAUCUCUACGCGACUGGGUCAAGUUCGUAUAGCUCGUACUCUUCCUAUGGCCGCAGUCGCGGGAACUCGUACUCCACGUACGGCACGCCCGGCCCUCGGCCACCUCCACCUCCUUCACCCCCGCCGGCAGUUCUUCGGACACCGUCGGCUGAGCGCACGCCCUCACCGAUGGACGAGGAUGAUGACGAUGAUGCGGAGCCUGACUACACGUCCCCAUAUGGCGCGGACAUACAAAGUCGAUACCUCCCCCGCGCG